AUGUCACGAUCCAAUGUGAUUGUCCUUUUUGCAGGCAAUUCGGAACCUUCGUUCGUUUUCCCCACUGCCAUUGCAACGGCGACAUCUAGUGCCAAUAAAAGCCUAGGCGGGCGUCCUUCUGUGCCCAACAAGCCUGGAGGUCUCACUAAUUCCUCUAUCGCCUCGAAACGUGGAAUUGAAGACUUGGACUUCCAUAUCGGUUACGAGGCUUACGCCAACGCGAAAACCUAUCAAGUGGAUCAGCCAAUCCGUCAUGGAAUUGUGGAAAACUGGGACCUUAUGGAGCGAUUUUGGGAGCAGUGCAUUUUCAAAUACCUGCGUGCCGAACCGGAAGAGAACUAUUUCAUGCUUACUGAGCCUCCGCUGAAUCCACCGGAGAACCGCGAAGCGACAGCUGAGAUUAUGUUCGAGUCGUUCAACAUCAAGGGUCUGUACAUUGCUGUCCAGGCUGUACUUGCAUUGGCAGCCAGCUGGACGAGCAACAAAGUAUCUGAUCGUACAUUGACCGGUACUGUUGUCGACAGCGGUGAUGGUGUGACACAUGUGAUUCCCGUGGCAGAAGGCUACGUCAUCGGCAGUGCCAUCAAACAUAUUCCUUUGGCUGGUCGAGACAUCACAUAUUUUGUACAGCAGCUUCUCCGUGAGCGCGGGGAAUCGGCGCAUAUCCCUGCCGAGGACAGCCGCCGUGUGGCCGAAAAAAUCAAGGAAGACUACAGCUAUGUGUGUCAGGACAUUGUUCGUGAAUUUCGUCGGUACGAUGAGGACCCCUAUAAGUACUUUGAACGUUACACCGGUGAAAAUCAGGUAACUGGACGCAGUUUCACGAUCGAUGUUGGCUAUGAACGUUUCCUUGCGCCCGAGAUCUUCUUCAACCCAGAAAUCGCGUCGUCUGACUUUUUGACACCCUUGCCAGAGGUUGUCGACAAUGUGAUCCAGCAAAGUCCUAUUGAUGUUCGACGUGGUCUAUAUAAAAACAUUGUCUUGUCCGGUGGGUCCACUAUGUUCCAGCACUUUGGACAGCGUUUGAAGAAGGAUCUAAAUGCCAUUGUAAGCCAGCGUAUCGCUGCCUCGGAAGCAGCAAGCGGAAACCUUGCUCGUAGCUCGGGCUUGGAAGUCAAUGUCAUUUCUCACCGCAUGCAACGAUAUGCUGUCUGGUACGGUGGCUCUCUCCUGGGCUCCCUUCCUGACUUUUACUCGUUCUGCUAUGAUAAGAAGGAUUAUGAAGAACAUGGUCCUAGCAUUGUCCGCAAAUUUAGUGUCUUUGGCGGCGUCUGA